AUGACCCCGAGCGUGUUCGCCCUGUUCUGCACGCUGGCUGCUCUCCUGCCGUGUCUCGUUCAUGGCCAUAUGAUAGAAGUGGCUGCCUCCAAAAAGGAGUGCUUCUUUGAGGACCUCCACAUAAACGACCAGAUGACCGUCACGUACCAAGUCGGAGGCGGAGGUCACUUGGACAUUGACUUUUGGCUAGCAGACCCAGAUAACCACGCGCUUGGCAAACAUAUAAAGCAGUCCACCGGGAGUGUGUCCAUCACAGCAAAGAAAGACGGACGGCAUGAGUAUUGCUUCUCGAAUCAGAUGAGUGCUGUAGCAGACAAGCUUGUCAGCUUCAAUGUGCACGGAGUGAUCUACGUCGGUGAAGAUGACACUAUUGCUCCUGUCGAGCGUGAAAUAAGGGACCUGGCGAAUGGAUUGAAGUCAGUGAAGGAUGAGCAAGAGUACAUCGUUGUUCGGGAGCGAAGACAUCGUAACACUGCGGAGUCGACAAACUCUCGAGUGAAGUGGUGGUCCAUAUUGCAGGCAAUACUAGUGUUUUCUGUAGUUGCAUGGCAGGUAUAUUACCUUAAGUCGUUCUUCGAGGUUAAACGUGUAAUAUGA